AGCCAUCAACUAUCUCCUUAAUCGAAACAUCCCACCUCCCCCAAGCGCACGUCCUUCGGUUACAACGAUAGCCUCACCAUCUCCAAUUCAAUACCCCCAAAAUCGAGAACCCACACCUUAAGGAGAUAGCCGUCCUGGGCAUGUCGGCUGCUACCACCGACCCGGCCCUUGUCGCCGCUCCCGCCCCGGACCUCUCUCCUGUUGAUGCCGUCGCUCAGGUAGGCCACGAUGUCACCUCCGUUGACCAUGUCGGUGAUCACGUCGGCGCAUCGCCAAAGGAGAGACAUUCCCUAACACUCGACCAACGCCGUGCUCUGCGUCGCUGGGCGAAUAGCCAGCCUAUCCGUCCCUCGCACAAGGCUUGUAUCGAAUGGUUCUUUUCUCAGUAUGGCCAGCAAAUAAGCCAAUCCACCGUGUCACACUCGCUGUCACCCAAGUACUCGCGUCUAGAUAGUGACAAUCCUCAACUUUCGGGUUCCCGUCUGCGCUACGGAAACUGGCCUGAUGUAGAGAAGCUCGUCCUUAUAUGGUAUCAACAGGUACAAGCAUCUGGUCGCCAACCUACCAAUGAAGAACUUGGUGACAAGGCAAAAUCAAUAUUCGGACAGUUGCCGCGAUAUAAGGAUGAAAACCCUCCUGAAUUUUCUCCAGGUUGGAUCCAUCGUUUCAAGAAACGUUAUGGUCUCUUGAUAAGACGACAGCGCCGUCAUGGGGACGGAGGAAUCAAUGCCGCCGAGGAUAUAGGAUAUUUGGCAGAUUGUGUCCCUCGUUACAUGAGCGUCGCCCCUGACACAAGUCCAGCUGCGAUCAAAGAAGAAAUUAUACGCGCUGUUGGUAUCGAGCCCACCCUCAACACAUGUGCCUUGGUGCGCGAUGAAGUGGUCCGUAGAAUGACAGGCCCUCCUCAACAGGUGCCUCCUCCACCACCUCUCAUGAUGACGCAUGAUCCCCCUGCAAUCCCCCCUCCUCAGCCUGACCAGCCCAUCUACGCCGAUGAUGAUCCUGAAGUUGUCUUACAGAAUGCUUUGCGCCAGCUUCAGCAAGAAGAACAAGCUGCCGAAGAACAGGCAGCGGCUGUACGAGAAGAGCGUGAACGCGCAGAAAGAGCAGGACUUCAGCCUAAUAGCAUUCUGACCACACCGACUGUGCGUGCUACUUCCGUUCAGCGCUACACGGCCACACCAGCGCACGAUAUGACUACUGACCUCACGCUCACUCCAAUUACUUCGGAGCAGCCCAUGACUCGAGAUGAUCGUCCCGUGCGAUGCCCAUUCUGCGUUAAUCAACGAAUGCUGCGAUCCAUCAAAGAGGCCGUGGAACAUCUUUCCACUCACGUUGUUGUCUGAGAGCUUGUUGGGGUAUCUAAAACCGCCAGGCUUAUGAGGGAGUACUGGUUGACGACUUGGGUUUUUGGAGUUUCGGUAGACGAAUAAUGUGGAGUUCGGGUUAUAAAUGUAUGUGAAGACGCACCUCAGUUCAGUUAUCUUUCUAGGGAGGCAAUGGCACAUGAAUCCUUGCGAUCUGCUCCCUGUUUCGUUGAUUUUCUGUGAAUGGCUCACAUAUGUCUAUGCUAUAUAAUCCAACAUGGUCGUUGCCUCGUUUAUAACAGUCCGCUUGCUUUCAAUGCCUUCAUAACCUCAUCACUAUCCUUCUGAGCUUGAGACUUGUGCUUCUUGUGCUCGCCCGGAUCAAUAUAGUUCACCCAGAACUUAAGACCUUCCAAUCCCUCCUCACGACACAACUCUCCUCGCUCUUCCGCCAUCAGCAACUCUUCCUCUGCAACACCAAGACUCCAGCCAAAGCGUUCCGCAGCUUCUUGGGCUGUAACUCCUCUGCCAAACUCUUUCCAAUCCCAAGGCACUUCGCGCUCAGGGGGAAACUCGUGAAGAUCGCGUAGCCAUGCAAGUAGGGCCCUGACCGUGGUGCCGUCGGUACGGUCACGACCCUGAACAACCAUAACACCACUGCGGAAGGUGCGCAGACGAACAGGCAGUUUAAGCUUGCUCCAGAGCCGGGCGGCUUUCU